AUGCAAGAGCGAAGCAGCGCCUACGUCUUCGCCGGUUGUCGCCACCCUGCCCUCCUACGACAGCGCAACUCUGACCGCCGUAACUACUCAGACACAUCAUCACCUCCCAAAAAUGGUGGCAAUUUUGCCAGGGCUUGGGGAAACGAUAAUGGUGUGAACGUGGCAGGAUCCUCGGUAACCCCUCCACGGCCCAUGGGCCCGGUGCGCAGCUCAGGAUGGGGAAAGCCAGCCUUCGGCGGAGGUGUCUCGUCAGGAACCGCGUCCGGUUCGACCCCCUCAAACCUCGACAGCCGGAAAGUGAACAGUAGUCAGAGCCAUGCAUCCGCUGGAGACGGACUUCUCCCUCACGAGCGUGCUGCGCGAAAAAGAUUACAGAAGCCGGUGCCCUCGGAGCCUCCUCUGACUUCUCGAACCACAUCUCAGCGCGGGCUUGGACUUGGGCAAAGGAGUUCUCGCGAGUCUCCUCGAGGGCCUAUGGAUAAUGCUUCGAUUAAGCCACGUAAUGCAUUGGGUGGUCUGGAAGAAAAGACGUUGCGCACGAACCGUUCCAAAGAACAACCUGAAAAGAGGUGGGGGAACUAUGCAAAUGGUGCAGCAAAAAAGGACUGGAGGCAUCGAGAAUCGGACAGAACCCCUCUUCCUGGCAGCGACAGGAAACUCCCGAGCACCCCUGUACCUCAUCACCGCCAUGCUGUUAGAGAGGAGCUUGGACGGCCACCAGUACAGAAAGGACUCCGACGACAUGAGAGCGGCGGUCUUGGACAGUCAAAUACAGGCGAUGCUGAUGCAUGGGGUUUGCUUACAAGGAAGGCGACCAGUAGCUCUUUUUCCAGCCCGGUCGAUGUCUCAUCCGAUGGCACUCCAAUGACAAAAGAGAGCUUUUUCAACAAGUUCCAGGAACGAAUGGGUGAAAAACGCAAUGGCAAUCACAAAUCAAGCCAACCUGCACGCGCGGAGCCAAGUGCGGUUGUUGAAGAGGUUAUCGAGGUGUCAGAGCAGGCAGAGGAGAAAAUCGAGCGCCGAACAAGAGAAUUCGACGAAUCCUACGAAAUUGAUCGUGAUUCCAAAAGACGCGACAAAGCUGGAAGCCGGCGCGGAGAUGUUUCUAGCUCAUCUCGUGGGAUGAAAAAGUCUGCGUCACAGAAGAGAUGGGAGGACGAGAAUGAGGAAUGGGAUGCGAGGGGUGCUCGACGAGCUGCUGAACGUCGCCAACAAAAAGCCAAGGACAAGGCGCAAAGAAAAGCGUUGGCGAGUGCUGCUGCAACCCAGACCAUCUUUUUGCCCGAGUUUAUCAGUAUCUCUAAUUUAGGCAUGGCGCUCAAGAUGAAGCCGCAGGCUUUUCUCACAUCUUUGGCAGAGAUGGGAUUUGAGGACAUCACCGAAGACAGCAUCAUGACUGGAGAAACAGCAUCUUUGGUUGCGAUGGAAUUUGGUUUCGAGCCAACGGUCGACAGUGGUGGUGUUCGGGAUUUGAGACCUAGGCCACCUCCCGAUGACGUAUCAAGCGUGCCAUCUCGACCUCCUGUUGUUACAAUCAUGGGCCACGUCGACCAUGGCAAGACGACCUUGCUUGAUUAUCUGAGGAAGUCCUCCGUUGCAGCUCAGGAACACGGCGGCAUCACACAACACAUUGGUGCUUUCAUGGUCAAGAUGUCUUCUGGGAAACUCAUCACCUUCCUUGAUACGCCUGGCCACGCUGCAUUUUUGACUAUGCGACAACGUGGUGCAAAUGUCACUGACAUUGUGGUCUUGGUCGUGGCAGCUGAUGACAGUGUCAAGCCGCAGACUUUGGAGGCUUUGAAGCAUGCUAGGGCAGCGAAGGUGCCAAUUAUUGUGGCCAUCAACAAGGUCGACAAGGAAGAUGCCCGACCUGAUCAGGUGAAAGCCGAUCUUGCUCGUCAUGGUGUUGAAAUCGAGGACUUUGGUGGCGACGUUCAAGUCGUUUGUGUAAGCGGUAAAACUGGUCAAGGCAUGGAUGAACUCGAAGAGAACAUUGGCGCCCUUGCAGAGAUCCAGGAUGUGCGUGCUGAAGAUGACGGUAUGGCCGAAGCUUGGGUGCUCGAGGCUAGUGUGAAGCCAUACGGCAAGUCUGCCAAUAUCCUCGUUAAACGCGGCACUUUACGCCCCGGCGACCACAUCGUCGCCGGAACCACAUGGGCCAGAAUCCGAAUUUUGCGGAAUGAGGCAGGUCAGGAGCUGACUGAGGCACCCCCUGGCACACCUGUUGAAGUUCUCGGGUGGAGAGAAGAACUUCCAGCUGCCGGAGACGAAAUUCUUCAGGCCCCGGACGAGGACCGGGCGAGAACUGCCGUUGAUUAUCGUGAAGAAAUGCGCGAACGGGAGAUAUCUUCCAAGCAGUUGGCGGAGCAGGAGCAAAGGGAACGUGAAGCCAAGGCGGCCGUUGAGACGAAUGAGGACGAAGGCGAGGAAGGCCCUAGCAUGAAAACUGUUAACUUUACCGUCCGAGGUGACGUCGUGGGGUCGGUGGAAGCAGUUUGUACGACGAUCAACGAAAUCGGAAACAACGAAGUCAAGUCCCGUAUCCUUUGGUCCUCGGCCGGUCAAGUUUCUGAGACGGAUGUUGAACAUGCAGCGGCGUCAAAUAGCGUCAUUGUCAACUUCAACAGCACGGUCCCCGGUCAUAUCAAAUCUUUGGCUGAAGAGAAGGGCGUCAGGCUCAUUGAUCACACAGUAAUCUAUCAUCUAGCAGAUGAAGUCAAGCAGGUGAUGUCAGAAAGCUUAGCACCCAAAAUUUCUCAAAAGGUGAUGGGCGAGGCUGAGAUUCUCCAAAUCUUCCCUAUCAACAUUAAGGGACGGUCAUACAAGAACAUUGCUGGAUGUAGAGUCAGAAACGGUUUGGUAUCUCGGUCGACCAACGUGCGUGUUAUUCGAAAGGGAGAGAAAGUCUUUGAUGGCAAAAUUGAGACUCUCAAGCACGGAAAGAAGGACGUAGCCGAGAUCAGAAAAGGUUCCGAAUGCGGUAUUUCCUUUGAUGGGUUCACUGAUUUCAUGGUUGGUGACCAAAUUCAAACCUAUGAAGAGGUUAGGGAAAAGAGAAACUUGUAA